AUGAGUUCUCUUCAGUAUUUGGUGAAUCUGACAACAUCCUAUAAUCUGGUUGGAGAGGUUUUUCGGCUGCUUGAUAAUCCAGUAAUAGGGCACCUCAAUUGGCUCGAGCGAGCAUGGGCUUCAUGGUAUAUUUAUAUGAAUAACGAUAUCUUGGCUACUGGGCUCUUGUUCUUCCUUACGCAUGAAGUGAUGUAUUUCGGAAGAUGUUUGCCAUGGUUGAUAAUUGAUAGAAUUGCUUACUUUCAGCAAUGGAAAAUUCAACCCACCAAACUUCCACUGGACCGUGAACAAUGGGAAUGUUUCAAGUCGGUAAUAAAGCUGCACUUUCUCGUGGAAGCGCUUCCAAUCUGGUUGUUUCACCCUCUUUGUGCCAGCUUGAAUAUUUCUGUGCUGGUACCUUUUCCGCUGAUUAAAGUGAUGGCUGCGCAGAUUGCAAUGUUCUUCGUAUUGGAAGACCAGUGGCAUUACUGGUCCCACCGUGCAUUCCAUUGGGGAAUCUUUUACAAGUAUAUCCACAAACAGCACCAUCGGUAUGCUGCUCCCUUUGGGUUAGCUGCAGAAUAUGCUCAUCCUGUGGAGGUUAUGGCCCUUGGAUUUGGAACCGUUGGGUUUCCCAUCUUGUAUGCUUGGUCGGCCAAAAAUUGGCCCCAGUAUGCCCUUCCAGAUUUACAUUUGUUCACCUUGACGGUUUGGAUCUCCUUGAGAUUAUUACAGGCUGUAGACUCUCAUUCUGGCUAUGAGUUCCCAUGGUCGUUGCACCAUUUUCUACCAUUCUGGGCAGGUGCAGAUCACCAUGAUGAGCACCAUCAUUUUUUCAUUGGAAACUAUGCCAGCUCUUUCAGAUGGACAGACUACUUACUCCAAACAGAGAGCGGACCUGUGGCUAAAGCAUAUAGAGAAAAGAUGCAGCGUCAACGUGCUGAAAGGAAGCUCAACAUGGCUGCGAAAACGAAAUAA